AUGUGUCUGCCCUGGCCGUCAGCAGAAAUUGUUCCCUCUUCACGGUCUGUGGGCUUGACCCCUCGCCUCAGUAAAAGAGAAUUUAAGGUGGUUAGGGAGGCAAAUCAUGGCAAUUCCAACAAAAGUACCUUAGCAAAGUUCAUUAGAUGUGCUAUGGUUUGGAUCACUGGACUAGAGGAAGUGCAAUUUUAUCUUUGUUUUUACCUUCAGGGAUUGAUUGGGCAGUAUGCAGUACCCCUUCUUGAAGAGAAAUCUGGCACCACAGUUUCUACAAUAAUAGCAUACAUGGACACCCAGGAUAUCACCCGAUUAACAUUUAUAGCUCUGCGCAAUGAGAAUAUCACUGGAAAACUUCUCACAUUUGCUGGACGUCGUGUCUGGACUACCCAAGAGCUGACUCAUCUAUUUGAAUGGACCAACGACGUUAUUGAUAGAUUGGUAUUCUCAGAGGUUCUUACAAGUAUUUUGUUCUCUCGGCCACAAUGGACAAGA